AUGAUGAGCUCGCCGAGCAGGGCCUCAUGCUCGAUGAGCUCGGCGGAGAGCUGCAUGAUACUAGGUCGCGCAUGGCAAAGGUCCGCGAGAAAUUGGAGGGCGUUAUGGCGGAGACUGGGCCUAGGCAGUUUUGUACUAUUGUUUGGCUGUGUGUCACCUUUCUUGUGCUUACUGUUCUCGUUGUUAUCACAUGACCCCUCUUUUUGUAAAUCAACUACUGACUUAUCCGCGACGCUCCACUCGAUUCCCCCCGACUAUACGCCAACCUAG